AUGAGGUUUGUCCAAUAUAUUCCGACUGGAAUUCCAAACGAAGAUGGUGAGUUCCCGGGAAGGAACUAUACAGUUGGAAAAGUCAUACAACAACUGUAUGAUAUUAGGAAAGCUUCAAACCCCAAACUUGCAAUGACACUCAAAUUGCUUAUGAAUUCGACAUGGGGAUAUUCCAUUAUGAAACCUCAAGAGAUGAAGAGUAAACAUUAUGAGAAGGUCGACAACUUUGUUGAAAGGUUUUCUCCUUUUGUUUUGAAGUACGAAUUCACUCAAGGUCAAAGUGGCUUAGUAACCACAUUAAAACCUAUUGUCGAACAUUGGUCUUACCCUCAGUUCGCAAAGGCAGUCCUUGACAACUACAAUGAGUUCUUCUCCGAAGUCAAAUCGAAAGUCAAGGUUUACUAUGAGAACAUUGACGCACUCAUGACGAACGAAGAAGGAUACAACAAACUCAUUGAAAUGGGUUUAGUCGGUGAAAAGAUGGGCUGUUUUAAGCUAGAUAAGGUAUUUUCCGAAGUUCAUGUAAUAUCGAAAAGGAAAUAUUGGGGCAUACUUGAAGACGGCACAGAAAUAAAACAUUGCAUGAAAUAA